CGAAGACAAAAAGGGGGAAAAUUCCCUUUCUCUCCACAGUGCAGAGAGGAAAAAAGAAAAGCAGAAGGAGAAGACAUCUAUGGAUAGGCUCUCACCAAAUUACAAAGGGUGUACAGAUUAGAGAACCCCGAAAAAAGAAGCCCACAUUGCCGUUACAGCAAGACUUUGUUUAAUUGUUCAUCACCAUGGGAAAGACGGAGGGUGAAGAACCCUUACCCAUGGCUGGACAGGGUGAGCUGGCAACUAACCGAAGUAGGGAGAAUAGGAGCUGCAGGAGAAUCUGUGGGAUGGUGAGUUUCAGAUGUGUUUUUGCUCUGGUUCUUGGUGCAGGUGUGCUACUCUCUGCUCUUUUCCUGCUCCCAUUCUUCCCCCACCGAGAUCCAAAGGGUCUAGAUCUGGAUUCUAGGUUUCGAGGGCAUGAGAUUGUAGCAAGCUUUAUGUUGGAAAGACCUGUUUCACUAUUGGAAGAUUAUAAAAUGCAACUUGAAGAUGAAAUUUUGGAUGAAAUAAGCGUUUCCAACACCAAAGUGGACAUACUAUCUUUAGAAACUUCAGCCUUAAUACUAAACGUAACAAAGGUUGUCUUUGCUGUUGAUUCUGACGUCAAAAGUAAGAUGAGUAUCCCCCCAACAGCUAAAAACAUAAUUCACGGCAAUUUUGAAUCAAUACUUGUUCAUCAGUCAACUAUGCACUUGACUACUGAUUCUCUUUUUGGGACCCCAUUAUCAUUUGAGGUUCUAAAAUUCAAAGGCGGGAUCACAGUCAGCCCCUCUCAACAGAAAGCUUUCCUCUUGCAGAAAGUUCUCAUCAGUUUCAACUUCACCUUGAACUUUUCUAUUGAAGAAAUACAGAUAUAUUUUGAUGAACUAACACAGCAACUGAAGUCAGGGUUACACCUUUCUCCGUAUGAGAACUUAUAUAUCAGCUUGGUAAACCCAAGAGGUUCAACGGUGGACCCACCCACAAUUGUAAGGUCACUAGUUGUUUUGGUGGUUGGGGUACCCUCAAAGUCCAGGGAGAAGCAGUUGGCUCAAGCAAUUACUAGUCCUCACACUAAGAACCUUGGCCUGGAUAACACUGUGUUUGGUAAAGUUAAACAAGUCAGCCUCUCCGCUACUACUACUGUCUAUGGUGGUAGCCCCUCACCUUCUCCAACCCCUGUGCCUCAUAACCCCCAUCACCCCCACCACCACCAUCACCACCAUCACCAUCACCACCACCACCACCACCACCAUCGAGAGUCCAAUCUUGCUCCUGCAAUUGCAUCUUCUCCAAUGCAGACAAAAAGUGCGCCUGUGAAUUGGGAACUCUCACCAACACCAAUGCCGGCUCUUGAGCCAGCCCAUGGGCCUGCUCCACGUAGGAUUGGCCCUACAAAACAUAUGCAAGCUGCUGCACCUCCCACCUAUGUAGAACCAAACAGAAUAAUUCCGCCAGCACCUAGUCCACAUGAUGUUCCUUCCCUUUCAUCUUCAUCAUCACCGCAUGGUAGUUUUUCUGUUGCAAAACCUCCUGACAUGAGACUAUAUUCAAUCUCACAUCUCUCUUCAUCAGCAGCUUCCACAGGUAUCCUGAAAUCAACAUUAUGGGCUCUCCUUUCCUUUCUUAUAUGCAUAGCAACAUAACAAAGAUGCUAAGUUUCAGAAGAACCUCACCGCCCCCUGUAAUUGUAAAAAAGAGGAGUUUCCACUUAUUAUUUCCUCCACACAAAACAAAAAAAACAAAAAACAAACAAAUCGAAGAAGAGAAUUAGAGCUAUGCAUCAGAGGAGGAUCAAGGCCAGAAGGACCGGAGGGCGUGUGAAUAUGUCUUUUGUUUCUGUGUGUAAAUAAAUACUAGUAGUUGUUAUAAAUCCAGCCGUCAACAGAUGCAUUUUCUGGUCAAAGUCGUAGAGGCGACAGGCUUGAGACAAACAAUGCAUUGUAGCUGCUAUGUAUGAUCUCAUCCCGCUGUAAGGCAGUGGGGAGAGGAAAUUUGAAACAUUCAAAUGUACAAACCUAACAUUUUUGUUUGCUAAUGUCUUUCAUAAGCCGCCGUGAAUCUUCGGCACUAAAAAUUAGCAUGGAUUUUGAUCCUUGAUUCCGCAAGCUAUGCUUAAACUAUGUGUUUGUUAUUUGUACUCAACUGUAGAUUC